AUUUGUGCAAUAGUUUUCAUUUUUAUUUGCCUAAAUUCUGUCAUGAAGUUUGCAUGCCUAGUAGUCACAGCGAUUAUCGUAAGUUAUCAUAUGCUAGCCUAAUGCAUUAUUCUUGUGUUUACCGAUGCCUUUACCAGGAGCUAUAUUACUGUUUGUAUGCUAUUCUCUACAGUUUUGUCUAAUUUAGCUAUGAAGUGUGCUGCUUCAUUACAUAGCCUAUCUGUCUGUGCUUGGUGGUGUUAGUCGAAAUGAGAAAGGAUGAGUAAUCUGUGAUUGUUUCACCCGAUUCGAAGGUGCCUAUGUUUUGCAUUAGGAAUUCUUGAUCAAGACUGGUUUGAUGAUUGGAUUUCCAAAGAGGGAUGAACCAGGUAACUUAAAUUACAUAUUUGGUGAGGAUCUGAUGGCAUGUUUGCAUGAUAGGGUUUACUUAAAUAAAAUGGAUUCUUUUCUUUUUUGCAAUCAUAGUCAUUUCAUCUUUUAGGCAUACCUUAAGAGUUUUACAUUUGGACUGUAUAGUAUGUGUGGAUAUAUAUAUAUAUAUAUAUGUUGGAUUAAUUUCAAGAACAGAGUCACUAUAACUUCUUUUCGACAUAGCUAUAGAUAAGCCUUCGGCAAAUGGAUUAUCUCUUCUCUUCUCUUUUACAGGACUAAAUGUCUCGAGGUGUAUUGUUAUUGACAUAAGAACAAAUGUGUUCGAUUCACUGCACCGUGUAUCUCCACUUUGUCAUGUCUUGUUGCUAGGAUUUGUUCGUAUCCAUGAAAUAUAUACCAUGGGUGUUAUUCAUCCUACAGAAGUACUAUAAUAUCCAACUCCUUGAAGGUUCUUGAUCAUAUAAAAUAGAAGAAUCUUUCAUUCAUACAAAGUCCAGUUAGGCACAUGCAAGAAAGUCAUAGCCAUGUAAUGAGUAAUUUUGGCCCACUAAAAAUGAUCACACCAAACCUGAUAGAACUGAUGUUUUCAACCUUCCAAACACUUCCUAUUAUAAGAAUUUUACUUCAAACACACUUAUGGUUAUUUUGUGCAACUUAUAUGAUUUUUUUAUGCCUUCUUUUCACCUAUAAAUCAAUCAUUCAUAUUUAUAGCUAUCUUGUUUCCCAUAAUUCCAGUAGUUGGUUGCAAUCAUACAUUUGUUGAAACUUGUCGCAAUUCUUUAUUCUCACCCCAAUGUUAGUUCACAACAAAACAUUCACCAUACACAAAUAUAUAUAUAUAUAUAUAUAUAUUGAGAGAGAGAGAGAGAGAAUAGAACAACACUUAGUCAACUACAAUACCUUCAAUAAAAAGCUAUAGGAUGUUUGUUUCCCAAUUAUUUACACCAAAAGAUCAAAGCAAGAAGAAAGAGAGAAAAGAAACAACCCAAAGAUGCAAUCUUUUAUCAAAUUCAACAAUACUUUCUUCUUGAUCUUCAUCUUCUUCUUCAUUUCCGUAUAUGUCCAUUCACAAGAUUUAUCCAAUUCAUGCAACUCCCCUCUCACUCUAACAAGUCCUCUCCCCUUUGCCACAUCCUCGCUCCAUUGCGCCUCCGUUUGGUCAUCCGAAAAGUACGUCCUCAGAUAUGCCCAAGAAUCAUCUAAUGUGUGGAACUUCAUACUCUCUACGCCUAACCCCAAUGCAUUCGUCGGGAUUGGAUUUUCUCCCAAUGGAAACAUGAUUGGCUCGACUGCCAUCGUUGGAUGGGCCAACGCCGAUGGAACUACCGUAAUCAACAAGUACUUUUUAAGGGGGCAAACGCCGAGUCUCGUGGAGCUUCAACCAUCCAACCAAGGAUUGAAAAUUGGAAAUUCUUCGGCAAUUUUAGAAUCAAACCAACUCUACUUGGCUUUCCAAUUGAUCGACACCAAUCCUAGCACACGGUUGAUAUACUCCGUCGGGCCAACCGGACGAAUCCCGACCGGGCCCGAUUACCGGCUUACUCAACAUAGGACUAUGAUCAGUACUGUCCUAAACUAUGCCACAGGUCAAUUUCAAACACAAAGCUCCCCACAAGCAAGUUUGAAGAGGAGCCAUGGAAUAUUGAAUAUGUUAGGUUGGGGAAUUCUAAUGCCUAUAGGAAUUAUGGUUGCUCGGUACAUGAGACGAUGGGAUCCUCUUUGGUUCUAUUCUCAUGCCAUUAUACAAUCCAUCGCAUUUUCUCUCGGAAUUAUUGGAGUUAUAUGUGGUUUGGUGCUCGAGAAUCGUCUUGAUAUUUCUGUCAAUAAGCACAAAACACUUGGAAUCAUUAUUCUCAUUUUCGGUACCCUCCAGGUUAUGGCAGUUUUACUUCGACCCGACAAGGCAUCGAAAAUUCGAAAGUAUUGGAAUUGGUAUCAUCACAAUGCUGGAAGAGUGGUUAUUGUUCUUGCUGCUGUAAAUGUGUUCUAUGGAAUACAUUUGGCAAACGGAGGGACGAAUUGGAACACUGGUUUUGCUGUUGUUCUUGUUAUAUUGUUUGUUAUUUCACUUAUUUUAGAGUUGAGGAGGUGCUUGAAAAAAUAAAAUAUUUGUACUUUUUAGUUUAUUUUUUUUUUUAAAAAAACAUUAAUAUAUGUCUAUUAUUGCAUUUACUUUGAAUUCUUCUUGUGGCUUGUUCUGUAGUUAUGAAGAUUGUAGUGUGAUUGGAGAAUUAUAUAAGUAUAAAUUUAUUUGGAAUUUA